AUGGGUCGUCGCUAUAACGACUCAGAUUUCGGUAAAUUCACGCUUCUCGUAUUCUUUCUGAUAGGCGCAAUCUCCUGUUCCACGGUAUUCCUUUUCCUGACAUUGGUCUUCAGGGUGAACACUGCAUCGGUGGUGACAAUGCAGGAUGAGGCGUUGGUUGAAAGGAGUGGUUUUGAGGAUUUGUUGAGUGAGGAAGAAGGUAAAUGUUGUGGAGGGGUUGAGCAUUUGGAAUUGUGGGGUGAAGCGGUGAGAUGGGGGAAUGAUUUUAGGGUGAAUUCCUCUGAGGAUUGUUGUAGGGCUUGUAAGAAUCUGUGUCGGGGUGAUGGGCAACGUUGUUUGUGUAAUUCUUGGGUUUUUUGUGGUGAUAGAGAUGCUUGUGGACCUAGAUUUGGUGAGUGUUGGCUAAAACAACAAAAAGAUGCUUUAAGCCCCGAUCGAGUAAACUCGGCCCCAAGAGAUAAUGUUAUGUGGACUUCUGGAUUUGUCUUUGAUAAGGGAGAGGGCAUUGUUGGCUUGGAAAACGACUAUGGAAUUCUUCGUAUACAGCUUUUGCCAGACUGUGCUCCACAAUCUGUUUCCUACAUUCUUGAACUGUUGGCGCUGUCACAUUGCAUUGGUUGUCAGUUUUAUCGCGCCGAAAGCCGGGGACGUUUUUGGGAUGCAAAAGGAAACCACAUAAAAAAGGCUACAUUUGGACCUCCUUUUGCACUAAUUCAAGGAACAUUGGAAUCCCACGAGUUUAUGUUCAAGGAUAUUCCAAAAGAACACUGUCCUGCCAUAAAAAGAGGAUCCGUGGCAUGGGUUGGUUCGGGUCCAGAGUUCUUCAUCAGCCUUGCUAAUCACAAAGAAUGGAGAAAUCCAUAUACCGUCUUUGGCUAUGUUCUAUCUGAAGACUUGCAAAUUUUAGAGAAAAUUUCUCGACUUCCAACUAAAUCAGAUGUUUGGAAUGACAUUCCUGUCUCUAUCUUAGAAAACCCAGUUUUUAUACGGUUUCGAAAAAUAACCACAUGA